AUGUUCUGGAAUACGCUUGCCACGGGCGCGCUGCUCGCUCAGUCUGCCUCUGCGCAGAACAUGCUGCGUUUCGGGUGCUCGCAGCUCACCGUCGAGCGCGCGGAUCCUCUUGUUGCACCUGGCGCCAACCCGUCGCCACACACGCACCAAAUCAUCGGAGGAAACAGCUUCAACCUCACGAUGGAGCCCGCCAAAUACGACCCCCCGUCCAAGUCGACGUGCACAUCGUGCACGUACUCGGAAGACUUCAGCAACUACUGGACCGCCUCGCUGUACUUCAAGUCCCCCGAGAACGGCACCUUCCAGCGCGUCCCGCAGUUCGCCAACGUCGGGCUGCAGCAGGACGGCGGCAUGACGGUGUACUACAUGCCCUACUCCGCACAGAACGGCAAAAUGACGGCGUUCAAGCCCGGCUUCCGCAUGAUCGCCGGUGAUCCGAUGCUCAAGAAGAACACCAACAAGGCGUCCAUCUGCCACCGCUGCCUCGGCAACGGGGAAGGGUUCGCGCCGUGCGACUCCAAAGACACGGCCGAGCUUCCGGCGAAGUACUGCCCCAAGGGCAUCCGCGCGACGGUCAUCUUCCCCAGCUGCUGGGAUGGAAAGAACCUGGACAGUCCGGACCACAAGAGCCACGUCGCUUACAGCAACAGCGGCGGCCUGGGCACCCCCAACUGCCCCUCCACACACCCCGUGCGCAUCCCGCAGGUCAUGUACGAAGUGAUGUGGGACACGGGCCGCUACAAGAACGACGCCUGGUACAAGAACGGCAAGCAGCCCUUCGUGUACAGCUUCGGCGAUGGCACCGGCUACGGCCAACAUGGUGACUACCUCUUCGGCUGGAAAGACGACUCCCUGCAGAAAGCCAUGGACGCCCUGCCCUCCGGUAAAUGCGCAAAUGCAAACUGCAACGUGCUCAAGAUCCAGAGCGCGGCCGAGGCGAUGAAGUGCAAGAAGGCGCAGCAGGUGCCCGAGGACGUGGGUGUUGGAGGCGGGUGGUUGACGGAAUUGCCUGGGGGUGCGGCGGUGACGUAUGCGUCGUAAAUCUUGGUUGCAGAUCGAGUGUGGGGAGGGGGAGGUGGAGGAGGGAGUGAAGAAAUGCUUGUUUGCUAUUCUAGGGUAUCUAGCGCACGAGGAUGUCUAUCGGGUAUAGCAAUCUUCUAAACCAGUCAAGUCAGCGACGCUGCUCUUCAAACAAAACUGCGGUGCUCUGAG